UGUUACUGAUAAUUCAUUUGCAAUUUUGUUGGAAAGUAACAGUUAGGCAGGUACCUGUUUCUCGAAUGCUCAGUCUUAAGGUCUUGUUAUGGAUGUAAAUGAUGUCAGAACUGUCCUCUGAUCCCUACAUGUCGGGGAAUCAUAGGGAGACUGAAUCUGAACGUCCUGACAGGGAAAGUGAAACAGAUGGUGAUGGAACCUUCACAAUGGACAACCUGGCAUCAUCAGAAGUAGCACAACCUGGUAAUGACAACGAUGUUAAUGUCGUUCCCCAAGGAACACAUGGUGAUAGGACAUUCUCCAUGGACAUGAUAGCAUCAUCAGAAGUGGUUGAGCGUCAGGCAAGUGCCGGAAAUGGUGCCAUUGCUGUUUCUGAGAGACGAGAAAGGCAAGCAGUGUCUACAAGAAUCACUGCAGGAUCUGACUUUAAAGGCAUCAUGGUACAAGACUCUUCUGAUGUCAGAUUAUCUGUUGGAGGUCAGAAUGAUGGAAUAAUGAAGUCAGAUAUGCUGCAAAUGAAUCUGAAACGGGUCAAAGAUGUCUUUGAAAAAACUGCUAUCUAUAGGGGAGUGAAGGAACGCUUGGAGAAGUAUGGUCAUGUGACAAUAAGUGGUGCUUCUGGUGAAGGAAAAACGUCCAUUGCCUUGAUGAUAGGAGCAGAUCUCAGGAACCAGGGGUAUGAACUUGUGUUUGUUGAUGAUGUGGAUAAAUUCGAGCUGAAGAAUUGUGACCUGCGUGGAAAGAAAGUUUGUCUGAUACUGGAUGAUAUAUUUGGAACAGUCGGCUUAUCAACUGACGUUCCCCAUCUUAGGUCCAUUCUACAAAAUCUGAAACAUUAUUUAGAAGAUGCCAAAUCUAGCAAGGAUGACAAACGGGAAACACAUCCAGGCGAUGAAUCAGUGAUUCGUGUUAUCUUCACCACCAAAUCAUACAACCUGGAAUGGGGAGUCGCGAAGCUGGAAGGUCAAGAAUAUUAUUUUUUCACAGGACCAUCGCUUCUCGAUUUGACAAAAAUGAAGUCAUGUCAUUACAGCCUCCAGGAAAGAAGGAAAAUUCUCCGGAAACAACUAAAACACCAUAACAUCGACCUGGACCUCGAUAUUGGUAGGCUAUGUGAGACAAGAGAUUCUUUGUUUGGCUUUCCCUUAAUAUGUACUCUGUUUUGUGAAUUCCUGAGUUUUCAAAAAGAACCUGCACGUUUUUUUCGAGAACCCCUAUUUUAUCUACGGCGAGAAAUUGACAUGAUCAUGGAACGUGGAAAUGACCAGUCCGCUGCGCUCAUCCUGAUGCUGUUGUGUGAAAAUAAUCUGAACUUGAGCCAGGUAGAAAUGAAAUCUGAAAAUGAUGUUUUAGAAGCUAAUCUGCAGGCCAUAAAACAGGUGGCACAAGUAACGUCACGGACUGCAGUUGCCAAAGCCGUCAGGUGUUACAGGGGUACAUUUUUCACAGAUGGAGAUAUCCUUGGAUUUUCACACCCCACAAUCUAUGACGCCUGUGCGUGUGCUCUAUUCAAAAUGAAUCCAUCCUUCGUUCUGAACCACUGCAGUAUCAGAUUCAUUUAUGAGCGGGUACAGGCCCAGCAAGUCCAGUCCACUGCAAUAGAUAAUCACCUCCACAUCAUCUACGUCUCAGAUGCUUACUAUGACACAGUUGCCUCCAGACUGGCCGAUGCUGUUGCCAAAGGCAACUAUAGUAUGUCUAUUACACACCCGAUUUUGAAAAACGAGCAACUAGUUGACAAAGUGUUCAAGAUGCUUAAACUGAAAAAAUCCAAUAUACUUAACUGGUUGCUGAAUACGAAAGAAGCAAAGCGGCUUGGCAUGUUACAUGCAAAGGAAGAAGGGAAGCACUUACUGUACUAUGCAGUUCAUGCACACAGUCUGUACUUGGUUGAGAAAAUCCUCGACGUUGGAUACGGUUUUUCAGACGAAGAGAUCAAGGAAGCCUUCAAGGCCUGUGCUUCUUGUGGGAACGAAGCAGUGUUGGUGUUGUUGUCUUCCAAAUUUGAGUCACUGCUUCAUCAAAGUGUGCUCAACAAAGCUCUAGUGACUGCCACAGACAAUAAUUACAAAGGCGUUGCAUUGGCCUUACUUAACAUUGGAGCUGAUAUCUAUGAAUCCAAAAAUAAUGCUGGUGAAAAUGUCUUUCAAAUUGCUAGGAUGAAGGGAUUCAGUCUACUUGGAAGAGAAAUAUUUGUAUUUAUUACCAAAGGGUUAUAUAUCCAAGAUCUGCCUGGAGACUUCGACUUUCAAAGUGCAUCUCAUUUAGCCUUGCAGUACAGCUGUAGAGUGGGUGAUAUGAAACUUUUAAAAUUCUUCCUCCCGGUCACUGACAUUAAUGCAAGAGAUUCUAUGGGCAAAACACUGGUUAUGAUUGCUGCUUUAUAUGAGAAUUAUAACAUUUUCAGUCUGCUCAGAUCUGAAGGGGCCGAUGUUCGUAUAACCGAUGCUCAUAAUGAUAAUAUACUCCAUUUGGCUUGUUGGAGAAACAAUAUUGACAGCAGCUUCCUGUCUCUCCUUCGUGGAUUCCAUAUAGACAGUAUCUCAAUUGUGAAAUAUCUACUCCCAAUGUUUGACAUUAAUUGUCGGGGUAACCUGGGUUUGACUGCAGUGACGAUAGCAGCUGUUUGUGGAAAGAAGGAUGUUUUCGAUCUGCUCGUGUCAAAGGGAGCUGAUCUCACACUAAGAGCUGACAACAAUGACACCGUCCUUCAUGUGGCAUGUAAAGGUGGAAAUACUCGCAUUGUUGAAUACCUGCUACCACUGUUUGACAUUAAUUGUCGUGGAUCGAUGGGUCUCUCAUCAGUGAUGACAGCAGCUGGUUGUGGAAAGAAGGAUGUUUUCGACCUGCUCGUGUCAAAGGGAGCUGAUCUCACACUAAGAGCUGACAACGAUGACACCGUCCUUCAUCUGGCAUGUAAAGGUGGAAAUACUCCCAUUGUUGAAUACCUGCUACCACUGUUUGACAUUAAUUGUCGUGGACGGAUUGGUCUCUCACCAGUAAUGAACGCGGCUGGUUGUGGAAAGAAGGAUGUUUUCGAUCUGCUCGUGUCAAAGGGAGCUGAUCUCACCCUAAGAGAUGACAACAAUGACACCGUCCUUCAUCGGGCAUCUCAAAGUGGAAAUCGUCCCAUUGUUGAAUACCUGCUACCACUGUUUGACAUUAAUUGUCGUGGACAGAUGGGUCUCUCAUCAGUGACGAUAGCAGCUUUUUGUGGCAAUAAGGAUGUUUUCGACCUGCUCGUGUCAAAGGGAGCUGAUCUCACACUAAGAGCUGACAACGAUCACACUGUCCUUCAUCUGGCAUGUCAAAGUGGAAAUCUUCCCAUUGUUGAAUACCUGCUUCCACGGUUUGAGAUUAAUUGUCGUGGACAGAUGGGUAUCUUACCAGUGAUGACAGCAGCUCAAUGUGGAAAGAAGGAUGUUUUCGACCUGCUCUUGUCAAAGGGAGCUGAUCUCACCCUAAGAGAUGACAAGAAUGACACCGUCCUUCAUCUGGCAUGUGAAGGUGGAAAUACUCCCAUUAUUGAAUACCUUCUACCACUGUUUGACAUUAAUUGUCGUGGAUCGAUGGGUCUCUCACCAGUGACGAUAGCAGCUGUUAGUGGAAAGAAGGAUGUUUUCGACCUGCUCGUGUCAAAGGGAGCUGAUCUCAAACUAAAAGAUGACAUCGAUGACACCGUCCUUCAUCUGGCAUGUCAAGGUGGAAAUAUUCCCAUUGUUGAAUACCUGCUACCACUGUUUGACAUUAAUUGUCGUGGAAGGGUGGGUCUCUCACCAGUGACCAUAGCAGCUGGUUGUGGAAAAAAGGAUGUUUUCGACCUGCUCGUAUCAAAGGGAGCUGAUCUCACACUAAGAGCUGACAACAAUGACACCGUGUUUCAUCGGGCAUGUCACAGUGGAAAUCGUCCCAUUGUUGAAUACCUGCUUCCACUGUUUGACAUUAAUUGUCGGGGAAGAGACGGGUUUACCCCAGUGAUGGCAGCAGCUCUCUCGGGAAAACACAAUAUUUGGGAAUUCCUUUUGAAACGUGGAGGUAACCGUGUUUGUGUAGGUGAUCAUAAUCGCACAACACUACACACAGCAUGUAGAGGUGGUAACAUGUUGAUUGUUGAACAUGUCAUUGGUGAUUGUGACAUUAACACAAAAGAUCUUCACGGUCGCACACCACUCCUGGAGGCAGCUAGAGGAGGCCACAUUCCUGUAGUUGACUUCCUUUUGUCCCGAAACGCCGACCUUAAAAUAGUGGACAAUAUGGGGAAUAGUCUGCUACACGUUGCUUGUAUAGGUGGGUACCUUGGUAUGGUGAAACAUGUGUGUCCAUGGUUUAGUAUUGAUGACAGAGACACACUUGGGUGGACUCCUGCAAUGGUAGCAUCUAUAUUUGGACAGUCUGCAGUGUUUGACUACCUCAGACGACAGGGUGCAGAUCUGACACUAGUUGAUAAGACCGGAGAUGAUUUGUUCACCCUCGCCCUUCAGGGAGGAUGUAGACAAAUCAUGGAACGAUUAUCACCUGAUGGACAAUGUGUGAAGAAGCACACCCCUUGGACAAUACUGAUGAGAUCCGUAGUGACAGGAUCUUUUGAAAUGUUGAAAGUUUACUAUGACAACAGUUCUGAGCUGGUUCAGACAGACCAGUUUGGAGAUAGUCUGCUUCAUCUGGCUUGUCGCGGAGCCAACAGACAAUGUGUGGAGUAUCUGCUCCCGACCUUUGACAUCAAUGUCAGAGGUCGGUACAACUGGACACCGGUGAUGAUGGCGGCUGUGUGUGGGCAUUGGGAUGUCUUCCAGCUACUAGUGGACCACAGGGCAGAUCUCUCUCUGGUCUCAGACACAAGCGAAUGCAUCCUUACUCUGGCUCAGAGAGGACAGAGUAAUGACAUUGUGGAAUACCUGAGGAAUAAGUUAGGGAAUUCUCGGGAAUGAGAAAGAUUUGAAAAAGGUUUAGACAGCUGAUGGACAUUCCUAAUAACUUAAGACUGUCAAGGAUCAUUCUGGACAUCAAAGAUUGAAAUUCUUAAAUAUACUGAUACACUGUGAAUAUGCAUAAUAAGUAUGAACAAGAAAACAGCAAAGGAAUUGGGUACACAGCAGAUAACACUUCAAAUGAAACCUGUAAUACGACAUUGUUGAUUUUGAUGAUCUUAUGCCUCAAUAAGCUUAACAAUCUGAUGUUUGUGAGGUCAAACAUGUCAAAUAAAUACAAAGAAUCUAGUAUGCUUUUCAAAUAUGCAAUUUGAAUAUGCCUAUUGUCUUAAGUGAAUGUUUGGAAGAUAACACCUUCUUGUAUUUGACACUUGACUUAUCGGUGUUCCACAGCUGUUGGUACCAAUUGUAAUCAGAUCUUGUACAUAUGUAAAUAGAUGUCUAUAUCAUUUUGACACUGAACAUACUGAUGCAUAACAGGUGCAUAAUAUUACAUGUGUUGUUUUACUCCUUGCCAUUUAAAUAAGCAUUAAACUUUGUGAGCAAUAAGUAAGGGCAUGGAUGAAAACAGGUCGGUGAAGAUGAAGAAAAUACGACGUCAAAGUUCCCAGGUAACCACCGCAUCAAAAUAUGAACUGUAAACAGAAAUCUAUAUCAUUUCAAUUUUACAAAUAUAUGUUAAAUUUUGUCCACCCAUUAAUCCUUGUGAUUUAAAUAUGCACUUACUAUAUGGCUUGUUGCAAAUGGCACACUUUGGAAAAUGAUGUACAUUCAGGAAUUACUAGAUGUUUAUUUCAUGCCAAGACAUGGUCCCUUCGUUGCUAUGGAUACCAACUAUUGCCUUGUAAUCAGAUGUUGUAGAUAUGUAAAUAGAUGUCUAUGUAAUUGUCUGACACAGUUUGUUCAUACCUGGAGAAAUACUGAUAAAAGACAUUACAGAUGGUCACUUAAUAUUUGACAUUAUGUAUUGACAAUAUGUGCUGGCUGCAAAUGGUUUAUAACGAAAAUAAUUCACAUUCAGUGAUUACUGGAUGUGUUUUUUUCACGCAAACGCAUGCUUUCUUUGGCGGCUGUUGGUAGCAACUCUUGGUCUAUAAUCAGAUUCUGUAGAUAUGUACAUAUAUGUCUAUGUCAUUGUUUGACAUAGUUUGUUCGUUCCUGGAGAAAUACGAUGAACUGAGGGACUCGUAUUUCAUCUGUUUACUAAAUAUUUGACACAAUGCAGUGACUAUAUUUUCUGGUGUCAAAUAGGAGAUAUUGUACAUAAUUCACAUCUCAAAUAUUACAUGCUUAUUUUAAGACAUGCUUCUUGCUUGUUAUCAGAUCUGUGUUAUCAGAUGUUGAUCACGGAAUAUAUACAUGUAAUGUAAUAUAAUGCAAAUGGUAAUAGGUAAACUGACUUUCAGUUACGCAUGUAGAUGUAACUGAUGUGUUAAGAUGGCUCACAACCUGACGCCUGCCUUAUGUCCCUCUGCCUGUCUGUCUGACUGUCUGUCUGUCUGUCGAAUUCCGUUCAUAACUUUUCUCAUUCUUUGGACGUUGUCAAAAGGCAUGUGUGUACAUAUCGAUGUGUUCUUAAAGGCGGA